AUGAUCUGUGUCCAGGGCUUCACCAACUAUAGCUCUGUGGUGCUCUGUGCGUUCCCGCUUUGCUCCGCCUUGGGUGUGGCGCACGCAGCCUCUGUGUCUGGGCUUUUCAUUGGGAUCUUCAUGACGGCCAGCGCAGCUGGCACUGGCGUUGCCUGGAAGAUCUUGAAUAUGUACCCAGACCUAUGGCAGAAUGACAUCAAGACCUUUUUUGUUACUGGGCUCUCUUGUCAGUUGUUUGCAGCUGCUGGCUUGGCGCGAGUUGCUUGGGCCAGGAGAAAUGGGGAGGUGGACGUCACGUGGGUGUCUGUCCUUAUGUUAUUUCGAGUUCUCCAGGGCUUCGGUCAUGGCCUGAACGACCAAGUCAUGAAAUGCUGCAUUGUGAAGCUUGCUCCAGUCAGUGAUAGACCGCGCCAUUCUUUGAAUAAGUUCGUGGCCAACACAGUGGGGAUCGGCUGUGGUCCUCUUCUGGUCGCAGCUGCCUGCUUCUUUUUCCGGGAUCACGAUAGCAAUGAACCCACAACAAGAGCUGGAUCACAAAUAAGUAUGCUCACUGCCCAGCUGCAAUUUUGGACGACGGCUACGGUCCUGGCAACCACUGUGCUGCUCUAUCCUUCCAUGCAGGAUGUGGCGGCAGAGCAUGGCAAGGCAAGCACUCCUGUGCGAGGGGACCAAGCAGUGGUACUCAUCACUAGCAUCAUCGUGGAUGCGCUGCGUGCCUUCAUCGUCUCUGGCGUGGAAUCGGCCACCUGUUUGCUUCUCCAGGAUCGUUUUGGAUGGAACGACGGCAGUCUUGCCCAGCAUCCGCUGCAGAUUCUUUGCGCGGACUCUGUGAUUUUUCCCACCACAUACUUGGCUGGCGCGUUGAACAUGGGCAUUCUGAACAGCAAUGUCUUCCCAGAUGGGUCCCUACUGGAUGCAAACAAUGUAAUGCUCAUUAAUGGCUUGGUUUCCAACGGCUUAGGACGCUUCGGUGGCCCCGUCUUCUCUCGGUCCCUGAUUGCAGACCUUGGGCAGAUGUACUAUGCCGGAUGCCAGGGGCUCGCUAUGGCCAGCAUCCUCGCGGGCACUAACUUGCUCGUGUGGCGGGGAAUCCCCGCAGCAGAUUAUGUUCCUGUCUACGGUUCGCGCCAUGCAUCGGCUAUCAAGGACGUGGAGCCUGCGGAGCCCUCCAAGAAGGAGUGUGGUGAGAGCUGGUGGCUCCUUGACCGGCCGAUGUGUGGUACCGUGCUCACAGUAGCGGUGGUGCUGGCAGUGCUGGGCCUGGUUGUGCGACUGCCCCGCUGGCGGGAGCUGAUGUGCCCAGCAGACUUUGCCCUGUACGUGAACUUAAUGAUCUGUGUCCAGGGCUUCGCGAACUACAGCUCUGUGGUGCUCUGUGCGUUCCCGCUUUGCUCCGCCUUGGGUGUGGCACAUGCAGCCUCUGUGUCUGGGCUUUUCAUUGGGAUCUUCAUGACGGCCAGCGCAGCUGGCACUGGCGUGGCCUGGAAGAUCUUGAAUAUGUACCCAGACCUAUGGCAGAAUGACAUCAAGACCUUUUUUGUUACUGGGCUCUCUUGUCAGUUGGUUGCAGCUGCUGGCUUGGCGCGAGUUGCUUGGGCCAGGAGAAAUGGGGAGGUGGACGUCACGUGGGUGUCUGUCCUUAUGUUAUUUCGAGUUCUCCAGGGCUUCGGUCAUGGCCUGAACGACCAAGUCAUGAAAUGCUGCAUUGUAAAGCUUGCUCCUGUCAGUGAUAGACCGCGCCAUUCUUUGAAUAAAUUCGUGGCUAGCACAGUGGGGAUCGGCUGCGGUCCUCUUCUCGUGGCAGCAGCCUACUUCUUCUUCGAGCAGCAAGAUGGCAGUGAAUCCGCACAAGGAGCUGGAUCGCAAAUAAGUAUGCUCACUGCACAGCUGCAAUUCUGGACAACUACUUCAGUCCUGGCCACCAUUUCACUGCUCUAUCCCUCCAUGAAGGAUGUGGCUGUGGACUAUGGCAAGACAAGCGCUCCAGCUGGAGGGCACCAAGCAGUAGUGCUCAUCACCGGCAUCAUCAUGGAUGCGCUGCGUGCCUUUAUCGUCUCUGGCGUGGAAUCGGCCACCAGUUUGCUUCUCCAGGAUCGUUUUGGAUGGAAUGACGGCAGCAUCGGCUUCUGCAUAGGGCUUACUUUCUGCCUGACGGUGCCUGCCUACCUUCUGCACCGGCAGUACCAUGGUCGUUUCCAGGACAUAUCUCUUCUGAGGGUCUACACAAUCGUGGGCAUGCUGGCGGCCAUACUGCUAGGUCUUGCCCAGCAUCCGCUACAGAUUCUUUGCGCGGACUCGGUGAUUUUUCCCACCACGUACUUGGCUGGCGCUUUGAACAUGGGCAUUCUGAACAGCAAUGUCUUCCCAGAUGGGUCCCUACUGGAUGCAAACAAUGUAAUGCUCAUUAAUGGCUUGGUUUCCAACGGCUUAGGACGCUUCGGCGGCCCUGUCUUCUCUCGGUCCCUGAUUGCAGACCUUGGGCAGAUGUACUAUGCCGGAUGCCAGGGGCUCGCUAUGGCCAGCAUCCUCGCGGGCACUAACUUGCUCGCACCUCCGAUGUGA